AUGGGAGCCAAACCUGAGGAAGUUCAGAAGCCUUGCUCAAGGGUCCAGACACUGUUUAAGAGUGUCAAAGCCUUAUUCACCAAAGCUCUGCCCCCACCCCCCAUCUCUCGGAACCUGGGCUAUACACAUGUGUAUGGGUAUGUGUUCGGGAACAUGCAUGAAAAUGACCUGCAGCACCUCCCGUCACAGCAGGUGCUCGACACUGGAGAGCAGCUGAUAGUCCCCAUGGAUGUUCUGGAAGUGGGAAAUGAGGGAGCCUGGUGGAAGUUCCUGCUCUCAGGAGCCAUGGCUGGGGCAGUGUCUCGCACUGGCACAGCACCUCUGGACCGUGCCAAGGUGUACAUGCAGGUCUACUCCUCCAAGUCAAACUUCAUGAACCUGCUGGGGGGGCUACGGAGCAUGGUCCACGAAGGGGGCUUCCGCUCCCUAUGGCGGGGCAACGGGAUCAAUGUACUCAAGAUCGCCCCCGAGUAUGCCAUCAAGUUCUCCGUCUUCGAACAGUGUAAGAAUUAUUUCUGUGGAGCUCAUGGGUCCCCACCCUUUCAAGAACGUCUCAUUGCCAGCUCUCUGGCUGUGGCCACCUCCCAGACACUCAUCAACCCCAUGGAGGUGCUGAAGACACGGCUGACCCUGCGCCGGACAGGCCAGUACAAGGGGCUACUAGACUGUGCCAGGCAGAUCCUGGAGCGGGAGGGCACCCGCGCCCUUUACCGUGGCUACCUGCCCAAUAUGCUUGGCAUCAUCCCUUACUCCUGCACCGACCUGGUCGUCUAUGAGAUGCUCAGGUGCUUCUGGCUGAAGUCAGGCAGGGACAUGGAGGACCCUAGUGGCCUGGUCAGUCUGUCAUCUGUGACACUGUCCACGACCUGUGGCCAGAUGGCCAGUUACCCUCUGACUUUGGUGCGCACCAGGAUGCAGGCUCAAGACACCAUGGAGGGUUCGAACCCCACCAUGUGCGGAGUCUUCCGGGGUAUCCUGGCCCAGCAGGGCUGGAGGGGGCUAUACCGAGGCAUGACCCCCACCUUACUGAAGGUUUUGCCAGCUGGAAGCAUCAACUACAUGGUAUAUGAAGCCAUGAAGAAGACCCUGGGAAUAUAGGCAGUGAGCUAAGUGACACACCCGGGCAGAAAUGGACAGGAGCCCCCCAGGCUCAGGCCCCAGGGCAGUGUUCGUCAGUACAAGCAAGCUGGGGGCCUGGGUCAGAAGAUGCCUGGGGCCCCCUCCCCAGGAUGAAGCCUGAGACAAGUUUGGACUCCAGUUUGUCUCAUAGUGGUCUGUCCUGGUGCCAGGGUGAUAUGGUGAAAGUGGAAUAAACAAACCAGGAAUAAAGAGAUGAUUUCUGCUAGACAUGUCUGGAUUACUUGGGUCCACGAGGGGAGAUGGGACCUGGAUACUUGGGUCCAAGGAGGAGCAGUAUAUCUGGGCUCCCUGGGUCCUGGAAAGGGGCUGGGUACCUUGGGCCCCUCGGUCCUGAAUGGGAAGCCUGGAUGAUGCCUGGUCUAGGAGAGAAGUUAAGGACCUAGGAUCGGAGCUUGAAGUUCGGAUCCCAGGGCCUUAAGUGAAGCAUGUGGGGUAUGGAAUUAAGGUCUGGGAUCCCUCAGUCCUGGGAGGGAACCAAUGGCCCAAGACCCUUGAGUUCAGGAAAGGAGCUGGUUCCAUGGGUCCUGGAAGAGAUCCCUGGGUGGAGAGAAGAGAGGAGGUACAGGGGAUCCCUGGGUUUCCUCCUGCUUUUGGACCGCUUCACCUCCGUAAGUACCCGAACUCCAAGGCCUCAAGCAGGCCACGUGCAUGGCCUACCCAGCCAGGCUCCAGAGGAGCUAACCCUGACGUCAGGCCUGAAUUCCGGCAGUCGGUUACCACUGCCUACGUCUGCUGCCACUCAUUCCCCGCUCCGGCUAAUCCCCUAAAGCCGUCUGGUGGCCGGCUCCGCCCCAAUGCAGC